AACAGUCUACAGGUGUGUCUGUUCCAGCCAGCAGCUGUCUUCACCUCAGACCGGAUCUCCUAAAACCAUGCUCUGCUGCACACUCAGCACCACACUGUUUUGACAGUGCUGUUUGUUUUCCAGUGCUGGCAGCAACGUGUUCGCUCAUGACCGCAGUUCUCUCCACAAAGAGAGCUAUCACAUGUGGCAGCGACGGGAAUGUCCAGCGGCUGAGCUGUGAUGAGGGAGUGAUCAGUGUGUAUACAGCACUGUAUGGACGUGCAAACGCAGUGGCCUGCAGUGGGGGAAUACCUCCGGCACAACUCGCUAAUACACACUGCUCUCAAGCUGGCACAGUGGACGUCGUCAAGAAAAGGUGUGAUGGCAAGGAGGAGUGUGAACUAAACAUCAAUGUUUUUUAUACCUCUGAUCCCUGCUUUGGCACCUACAAAUACCUGAACACCACAUACACCUGCCUCCCAGCAAUUCACCUUGUUGCCUGUGAGGGCUCUUUGGCAAAACUCCAGUGUGAUCAAGGACAGGUUAUCUCUGUGAAUGGUGCAAACUAUGGACGUAGUGACCAUACCACCUGCAUUUAUCAACGGCCUCUCAAUCAAGUUCAAAAUAUCUCCUGCUCAAGCCCCACACCCCAAGUUGCUGCCAGCUGUAAUGGAAAAAAUGGCUGUACCUUAGCAGCAAACAACGCUGUGUUUGGAGACCCCUGCGUUGGCACCUACAAGUAUCUGGAGUUGGCUUACACAUGUUAUUAUCCUGGGAAUUCUCUGCUUCCAUAGUUUACCUAAUGUAGGCAUACUGACAUUUCAUUCAUAUCACAAUAAACAUGCAUUCAAUUUAAA